AUGGCAACUGAUGAGAUGGUGCGAACAUUCAUCGAACUCUGUAACUUCGAGAUGUUGCAGCAGGUCGUGCCAGGCAACGUCGACUGGAAUCGAAACCUCUUAGAAUGUGAACUUCCGCCACUUUUCCUUGCGGUUGUUAACAAUGUGUGCGACCGAACCCCGGCUCAACAGCAGACGCGGCUCCAGAUGAUCAGCUGGAUGGUACGGUCAGGGGCAGAUCCCCUGCACAAGGUUUCUUCAAGCAUCGUCAAGACAUUUUCUGCAGCAGGGGAACAGGCCUUCAAGGUCAGUUGUAAUGGUCACAGUGCAAUCUCAAUAUGUUGUGCCUUCCUUCGGCUUUUGCAGCAACAGGAUGAUGGCGAAAGCUGGUCAGCAGCGAUCAAGUGUGUAGAAGAAAUGUUGACGACCCUCUCGCGGGCUCCGAUGCGAAGACCCCAGCUAGUUUCGGUGCGGCAGGGUGUCGUGAACUUGUGGGAGUCGAUCCGGGACAUGGACUCCACGUACGAUGUCAUCUUCGAAGCAGCAGACGGGGAGGUAGCAGCCCACGACCUCAUCCUCAUGGCCUCCUCACCUGUGUUGAGGGCCAUGUUGGAGUCCGCCAUGAAAGAAGGUGCAAAUCGCCGCAUUCGGGUCGGAGACUCGUCGAGCAGCGGCGUGACGCUCUUCGUGGACAUGCUGUACACGGGCUCAACGUGCCUCGAGCUCGACUACAAGACCAUGCUUACAGCCUUCGAAUUGGCCCACCGCUGGCAAGUGCAGCACGUUGUAGACAUUCUUGUGGAUGGAUUGUGCAGGCUUGUCGGUGUGGACAGCUUUGUGGAAAUCGCAGAAGCCGCGAUUCUCAAGGACUCCGCCCCCUUAAAGGCAGCUUGCGCUGCUUUCGGGGCGAAGAACGCCGAGAUCCAGUCGAUGCUGAAGAAGAACAGCGUGCCCCCAGCUGUGAGACAGCUGAUGGGCGAGCCUGAGACAGAGAGGCCAGAGCCAGGAAAGCCCAAACGGCGAAGGCUCUAA